GGAAGCCAUGAUGGAAGUUGAGCAGGAGAGUUUAACGGCGAAGCGGAGCGUCACACACACCGACAGACCGACCAACCGCCUCUUGUAGCUAAAUUACAAACUAACUCCUCUCACUAGGCUCUUUUUAAUACUAUGGUGGAGGCUGUCAGGAUUUUCUUCAUGCUUUGGAAUAAUUCACACGACGCGGACGUUUGAAUUUCGCCCCCUUUUAUUUGUAUUUUCUUCGUUUUAGAAAGAUGUUCGUACGCGCUAGCUGGCUAGUUAGCUCUCCGGCUAGCAAUUCGUUAACUGGAGCUUCGCAGACGGAGAGCCCGAGUGUGUGAGAGUGUGUUUGAGUGAGAGAGAGAUAGAGAGAGAGAGAGAGAGAGAGAGUGAGAGUGUGUGUGUGUGUGUGUCUGUCACUGUUAACUUAGGUUAUCUAGCUAGUAUAUUCUGGCUUGGAGACGUCGGAGAGGACCCUCUCCGCCUUUUCGGCACCAAUCACGGCGACUGCGGCGGACCCAGAGACUUGGCGAGCCUUAGCGACACCACCGAGACGCGGAGGAGGACCGUCUGUCUGUCCGCCUGGAGGGUUUUUGGCCUCUCGGUGGGCUUUGGGGAGCCGGGGCCGGGCCUGCUGUGGCCUUCACCUUUACAAGCGAGCGGCAGACUGCUCACGGCCGCUAGCUAGCAGGUAAAGACCUGGCCAGGGUCGUCCAUAGGACUUCUACAAAACCGUGGAGAGAGGAUACGAUAGACGAGGCGGCGGCGGCGGUGGCGGCAGCGGCUGCAUUGCGCCCGGAGGCAACGAUACUCUCGCUUACCCUAAAAACCAUAAAGACUCCUUUCACAGCUAUGGCUACGAUCAUACAGAAGAUGGUCAGCCGAAACAAAAGGAGAUACCAGGAGGAUGGCUUCGACUUGGACUUGACAUAUAUUUAUCCCAACCUAAUUGCUAUGGGCUUUCCUGCUGAAAGACUUGAGGGGGUCUACAGAAACAACAUAGAUGACGUUGUACGGUUUCUGGACUCCAAGCAUAAAAACCAUUACAAAAUAUAUAAUCUAUGUGCAGAGAGACAUUAUGAUACCGCCAAAUUUAAUUGCAGAGUUGCACAAUAUCCAUUUGAGGAUCACAAUCCUCCCCAGCUAGAGCUUAUCAGACCAUUCUGUGAAGACUUGGAUAAGUGGCUCGGUGAACACGACAAUCAUGUGGCUGCGAUUCAUUGUAAAGCUGGAAAGGGCAGGACAGGUGUCAUGAUCUGCGCAUACUUGUUACACCAAGGCAAGUUCAAAAAAGCACAAGAGGCUCUCGACUUCUACGGGGAAGUGAGGACCAGAGACAAGAAGGGUGUGACAAUUCCCAGUCAAAGGCGAUACGUCUACUACUACAGCUACCUUCUGAAGAACAAGCUUGACUACAAACCUGUGGCACUGCUUUUUCACAAAAUGAUGUUUGAGACGGUGCCCAUGUUCAGUGGAGGAAACUGCAAUCCUCACUUUGUGGUGUACCAACUGAAGGUAAAAAUCCACACGUCAAACCCGGGGAACACACGACGUGAGGACAACAAGUGCAUGCACUUUGAGUUUCCCCAGCCGCUGCCUGUGUGCGGCGACAUCAAAGUCGAGUUCUUCAACAGACAAAAUAAGAUGCUUAAGAAGGAUAAGAUGUUUCACUUCUGGGUGAAUACCUUUUUCAUCCCUGGACCAGAGAAGCUGGAGAAGGUAGAAAACGGGGAUCUGCCGAAGGAGCUGGAUGAAAUCCAGAGUUUAGAGAAGGGGGAGAAUGACAAGGAUUACCUGAUCCUGACUUUAACCAAGCAUGACCUGGACAAGGCCAACAAAGACAAAGCCAACAGAUUAUUUUCCCCAAACUUCAAGGUGAAGCUGUACUUCACAAAAACUUUGGAGGAGACUUCCAAUUCAGAGGCCAGCCCUUCCACAUCUGUAACUCCGGACGUUAGUGACAAUGAACCGGACCAUUAUCGAUAUUCCGACACAACAGACUCGGACCCAGAAAAUGAACCGUUUGAGGAUGAUCAACACUCACAGAUAACGAAAGUUUAAUUUUUUCCUCCCCUGGGAAGAAAAAAAGCAACAUAUGUAAACCAGAGUUGUAAAAAGGAGAAAACUUGAAUAUGAACUGAAAGCAAGUACUUUUCCCUCCCCUUCCCCUCUCAGAAUGAAAAAAGUAGUGCAAAAGUGGGACAUUCUAUCAUGUAUGAUGCCCCCCUUCUCCUUUCUUUUUUUUUUUUUUUUUUCCCCUUUUCUUUUCUCUAAAUCAUCGCGCCACCAAUGUUUUCAUUUACAUUGAGUGUGGAUGGAUGGAUGGAUGGAUGGAAGGAAGAAAGUUAAUUUCAGUGGCUGUUCAAAUGCCUUUUUGUGUCAUCAUCAAACAAAAAGGAAGUCCAAUCAGUGAGUUGUGGGAGGUCAGGUAUGAGAAACGUCUGUUAAAAAUGCGCUGCUAUGUCCGUCUGUCUUCAGUUGAUACCAAGGCCAGUGCUUGAGUGUGUGCGCACACGCAUGUGUGCCUAAUGGUUUGUGCCCUCCACUAGUGCAUCAUGCCUCCUGUCUUUAACAGCUGUGAAAAAAAAGAUUCUUGUGUUGUUACAGGCUAGCUCCUCCUUAAAUCGAGUAUGCCCAGUGCAGGUGUUUUUGCAGUUUAGUUUGAUGGCUUCAUUGCUGCUCUUAGAAUAUGGUAAUAAUAAUGCCCAUCUUCAUAUUAGGCUACACAAUGUUUUAAGCUAUGUUCCUGUUUAAUGAAAAAGCAGACUCCCUUGUUUUGUUUUUAAUGUUAAAGUAAUGAAUAUUUCUACUACAGCAGGGAAUCCAGUGUCGCAAUAAUUUAACACUAUAGUUUGCGAAGGUUUGCAUGCUAUUGAUGAUUUGUGGGGUAUUCAUGUUAUGGUUGUACAAUUUUAUAAUUAUUGGUUCUUUUUGGUUGUACUCUUCACAAAAGGAUUCUGGUGUCAUUUAAGAAUUAUUAAUAUCCAGUUGGUGAUUUUUCCAGACGGCAGCCCACGUUGUCAUUGUUUUUCCAGGUUAUGGUGUCACUUGCUAGAGAAAAGCUGUUGGUGAUAUAAUGUUUUACAACGUUUCUCCCUGAAAGCUGGCACUGUAUUUAACACAGCAUUUACUCUUUUAUGGAAGUUUGAUCAAGAGUUUGUCAUGCACAUGCAAGAGAACACCAUUCAGUAUGUCUGUCAGGUUUUACAGAAAUCUAGCAUAGCUCAGUCAGUUCAUGUGCUGGUUAAAAUCCAACAGCUUGUUUUUAUGGGGCGUCCAUGACCCUGUUAACACCUGGUGACUUUGUAUGUUUUGAGUAUUAGGACUGUAUCUGUUUUAUAUAUGUCGUUAGUAGCUCAACCCUAUUCAGACACUCAAACGACUUUAGGAGGUGGUCUGAGACACAUCCGAACCACAUUGUAGCAUUUAUGUAAAUUUAGCCAUCUCUCCAAGAUGCAUUCUUGCAUCUGAAACACCUCCUCUUGCAGCAUAUUACUGGACUUUUUGUUCAUGUCUGAGUUUUAUAAUUUAAUGUAAAAUGUCUCAUUUUGAGACAGCAACUGUCUUUAUUAGGUCUCCUUCCUGUGCUGUCCUGAACUGGUGACCACAAAACAAGCAGAUUUACUUAUUCCGUCCUUAUUCCAGUCGUACUUUAGUCUUAUUCACUACUAUUUAGUAAGUGUAAAUGCAUGUGGUGAAAGUUACAGCUCAAGAUACAGUCUGGAUACUAGUCACAUGAAGUGACCAGGUGUAAAAUGGAUCCAAGUGUUUGUUUUGAAGGAUGUGGCCUACCUGACCAUGUGGAGAGUGACCUUCCACACACAGCUUUCAGCAGAAGUCAGACUGGGUUUAACAGCAUGCCCCUAAAAACAGUAAAUGCAAGAUCAGAUGCCAUAUUAUGCAGAACAUCCACAUCUGUCUCUUUCACCUGUAUGCUUGUGCGUGCACAUGUCAGAUCUUUGGCUCCUACACCUGUUUGUAGCCUUAUUGUGUGGUCUACUGAAAUCUGGACCACGUGUUUAUUCAGCAACAGUGGUGCUUACAAACUGCCAAUCCUGCAGCGAAAACACAACAGAGCCAAGAAUCUAGACCUGUCAUAUGAAUGUGUGCAGCCACACUAUUUGCCUGUUUGGCAGUCUUCUGUAUUUUGGUGUCCCUGAUCUGGGUGGUUUCAUAUACAUUCUGUUUAAAAAGUUUUUUUUUUUUUUUUUUUUUUUAAACUAUCCUAUCCCUCCCCCCUCCCUCCAAGUUCAUGAACAGGCUUCGUUCCUUUUGGAAUGAGGAAAGUGCAGCUACAGGUUUUUCACAAUGUCUUGUGCUUGCUUCAGACAUAUUAAAGCCCUAUAUAUGAGAAUAUUUAAAAUAUGUAUAAUUUUCUUUCAGCAUGCCAAAUUCUUUUUUUUUUUUUUUUUUUCCCCCUGUUUAUUUUUUCUUUCUUUUUUUUCCGUUUACCACCUGGCUUGAAUCUUACAGGUCAGACCAAAAAAGGAAAAAAGAAAAAAAAAUACCACCAUGACCUUUCUCAGUCUCUUGGGCAAGAAUCUUCACAGAGGGUAGAGAGUAAGCUGCCUUUCUUCUGCUGUCGACAUCGCGGCUUCACUCUUCCACCGCUCCGAACCAGCACUACACAUGCUGUACAUCUCACGCCUUCCUCUAGAAAGAACACGCACGCGUUUCUGGACGUUUGAAGAGGACCCGCUGCCUUCUGUAACGCUACCGUACACCCGUCAACCCUGGAAUAGAGAAAACAGAAAAUACAUCCUUCAGAAUCAAGGAUUUUUUUUGUCUUGUUUGUUUUAUUCUGUUUACAUUUUACACAUUUUACUGAAAACCUGCCAAAAUUAAACUCAGUAUGUUUUUUAUUUUUUCUCCCCUUUAGAGGAGGCGGUGCCCUAUGGGAGGUAUUCUUUGCCUUACUUGAAGUUGACAAUGCUUACUUUGCUCUUGCUUUGAAUUCUACCAUUCUGCCCAAGCACUGACUUAAUAGUACUUAUUUAAAGCUACUAUAAUAGAGCAACAUAUUGUACUAGACUUUUGCACUGUUACAGGUUUUUGCAGGGUUUCAGUCAGCAGUCCACAGUAUUUUUAUUUAUUUGUUUUUUUUUCCCCUCCCCCUUUUGUUUUUCAUCUCUUCUCAUUAGUGCCCCUCACUAAAAGUCAUGAAAGCAAUGGAAUGAAUAUGGAUGAGGAACGAAGUGACUUGGUAUAUCCUGUGCUAGAUUUUAUCCCUGAGUGUGUAUCCAUCAAUCAUGGAGGUUUUUAAUGAAACACAAAAUAAGGGGAAUAAAGGAAGAAGAAUAAAGUAAUUAUUUUUGGCAGUAUUCAUUCAUGCACAUUCUAGUUUUAAGUCCCUCUGCAGGUAUUCUCGUCUCACUCGCUCUCACCUGUCAGUCAUAUGCUGUACUACUACUACAACAUCAGGAUGUUUCACAGUAUGAACUACUUCAUGUAUGUAUGAAUCAGUUUAAAGGCGUCACUGUUAAUGAGCUUACAAUAGGUCACAGGCCAACCCCUCCCCCUCUGUCCCCACCUCACAUCUUUAGACAAUUUAGCCACAGUACCUUACUUAUGAACACAAACACAUGAAAUCUGAAUGCAGCUGGUGUAGUAGACACCUGAAAGCGUAGGCAUCCGUUGUGUGGCACGGGUUAAAAACUUGUGUGGAGCUCACAGGCAGCAUAAAAAAAAAAAACUUUUAGCUUUAAUGAUUUAAAAGAAAAGCUCUUAAAGGUGCCAGUGUGUAAGUUUCAUGUCACUAGUUUUUAGCAGAUUUGUGCAAUAUGCUAUGAUGCCUGUGGUUGCCACAAAGUGCCUCUUCUUUACUGUUAAACGAAAGAAAAGAACGAAAAAGUGCUUGUUUUUAAAAGUGUUUUAGAACAUUUGUCAUGCAUGUGGAUGGACGGGGUGGUACUGUGCACUAAAAUCAUUCUGGGCUUUACCCACUGCAGAGGGCCCACAGUCUCUCAGCGUUUUCUUUUUUUUUUUUUUUUUUUUUUUUUUAAUACAUUUUCCCCUUCACAUUUUUCCUCUGGUUUUAGUUUGGCAGACUAUGGUAAACUCCAGUAUAUUUUCAGUCAUUCAGAAGAAGAGAGGGAAAAAACAGCCUUAUUCCAUUUCUGCCUGUUCAGAUAAUUUUGUGAUGUGCAACAGUUGCUCUGUGUGUAAUGCUAUGCACUGAGAAUACACAACCAACGAUGUAUGAAAUAUUGUACAGGUUAUGAUGCUCAUACAAAUCACAUGUUUGUUUGUAAUUGUAUGUGUAAACUGCCCUUUAUCUUAGUGUUAUAAACUCCACAUAAAUCCAAUAAAGUCUCAUUCUUGUCA